AAAGGCCUUACUGAUUCGUGUACUUUAUUAUGGGGAAUUCCCUUGCUUUCAGAUGACUCAUAGAAAACAGAAACAUCAUGCUAGAUUAGUAUUUAAACAUAACACUGUAGAACAAGUGGGAUUAAAAUACACCUCAUAACAACAAUAAAAAAUAUAUCGACAUCUAUUGCUGUUUACAAUAUAACGUGAUCAUGCCAGAAUUUAAAAUAAUUUAUAGGACAUUUAUAAGUAAAGUUUUUAAAGAAUAUGACAUAAACAAUGACAAGGAAGAGAUAACAGAGGAAAUAACUAAAAGAUGUUCGGUAGUGACGGAGACAAUAUCAAUCGCUGGGAUCACAGAGAUUAAAGGUCCCAUUCCUUUUUUACUCAAACAUCGUAAAAGUGGAUGCUUUUUAUGCAUCAGGAAUGGAAAACUAGAGCUUGCUAUGCCGAGCAAGCAAAAUCUUUCAAAAUUUCUGCUACAUGGAUAUAUAUUUAGUGGAAUGGAUGAAGAAGAACAAAGCAGACAUAGGAAUCAACCUAUUAACAUAAUAAUGAUUAAUUCGACAGACAAUCAUUUUGUCCAACCCAAGAACAAGACAACAUCAAUCUGCACAGCAGAACUUAUGACAAAGAAAGGUAAACCAUUGAAGGAGGACACAUCUAAAAUUGAGGGAGAUGAUCCAAGGUUCUUCAUGGUACAUUCUACGGGUGAUGGGGGAAUUUCACUUGAGUCAUUCUUAAGCAAAGGGUUCUACCUUGCAAGUGAGCACAAUGGGAGGGAAGGUGACCCAAGACUUCAAUUGUACAAGCUAGGAUGUCAUAAUCAUGUUAACUCACCCAGCUAUGGUGCAACAUUUGAUUUGAUUCCUAAGAAUAAUGAUGCUGAAGAAUACCAUGGGACUCUCAAAGAGGAAUAUCUUAGGCGGAAGGCCAGGGUAAAAUAACUAAUGUGUAACAAUCUGUGCAAGGAUUUGAUUAUGCCCCUGAGCAUGACCAUUUGUUCUGUAGUUGUUCAAGACACACACAGAGCAAUGUUGGACACAAAUGGUUUGGUAAACCAAGAAAUUGAUUGAGUUAGACAUCAAGAUAACUACUACCGCAGUAGGUCUCAAUUGCGUUGUCUCAGCUUAUGACUCAGCUCUUUCUAUUUGGUCUAUCCACUCCAUGAAAAGGAAUCUCGUGUACUAUCUAAGUACAAGAUAUAUGGCAUGUUGCCUAUUGAAGUAAAAAAACAACAAAGAGUGAAAGCCUUGUUAUGAGUUCACUUAGUGCAAGUUGAAUUCUAGAAAGCGACAACAUUUUUACACCCAUGGGCAAUGUCAUGGGAUUACCGUAACCAAUAAUGCAAUAUUGCAUUUGUUUGGUAUACUUAUGAAAGUACAACAGUUGGAAAUUCCUGUUUCAUAGAAAUAAGUAUGGGGAUUCCCCAUUGUUUCAAUACAAGUUGCCAACAAUAUUUAGCCAAUGCUGAUCAUUUUAACUUCAAUGUUGUCUGAAUUCUACUUCCUUGUUCUUAUUGAACCAAGGCCAAUCAAAAUGUUAUUUGCCUAUAAUGAAAUAGAAACUAAUCAGAUGAUUUAACUUCCCUUUCCCUGUAUUUUCAUCAUAAUUUUAUAUCUGCAUUCCAACUUGUUAUUUCAUUUGUUUUUACCAAAAUAAACAUCAGUGCUGUACUUUACUAGUGAAAGCCUUAGGAGACAACCAUUUAAU